GGAGGGUGAGACACUGUGAGUAUGUGUUGAUAACAUUACUCUCUCUGUCCUGGGUGUGUGAAGGUGUAAGAACCCGGACUCUCUUUCUCUCUCUCUCCUCUCACGACAUGUCGAAGAAGGAGCUUCCUGUGAUCGACCUGCGCCUGGCCAAGGGUUCGACCCGAGGGUCCCUGGUUCGACAGCUUCGGGAGGCCCUUACAACCGUCGGCUUCAUCUACCUCACUGGUGUCGACGGCUACGACGAGAAUGAGCUACUUCGACUCACUCGCUGGUUCUUCAGUUUACCCUUGGAGGACAGGAUGAAGAUCUCAAGGAAGUGUUUCAACCCCGAGUGCAAGAAUGAGUACCGAGGUUACUUUCCAGUUAUCCCUGGGGAAGUGUCUCACAAAGAGGGGUUUGAGAUUGGUCCGAAGAUGGACACGGAGCCGAUGAACCCGGAGUCGCUAAAGACCAAGAUGGACACGGAGCCGAUGAACCCGGAUGGGGAAAUCACUUUGACUAACUUUUUUCAGACAUGGAUGGAGAACUAUCAUCAGAAGAUGACGGAGGCGGCGCUGGAGUUGUUAAGGCUCAUUGCUGAAGGUUUUGACGCGCCCAGUGACUUCUUCACGUCACUGUUCGUGCCCCGUCACCUCUCUACCCUCCGCCUCAUCCACUACCCAGCCAGGACUGAUGCCCCAGAGUGGGCCCGUGAUGGUGAAUACGUGAUUCAAACAGCCGAGCAUCAAGAUUCUGUCAUGCUGACACUACUAGCCACGUUCCAGCAGUACCCUGGUCUUCAAGUUCGCUGGAUGGACGACACCCUGCUGGAUGUACCUCACCGCAGGGGUCACCUGGUGGUCAAUAUAGGUGUCCUGUUGUCCACUAUGAGCGGUGGCAACCUGAAAGCCACGAGACACAGAGUUGUUGAGUGCGGCGGUGAUCGGUUCUCAGUGCCGUUCUUCUUGGAGCCGAAAUUCGAUGGUAACAUCAACCAGGUGCUGCCCAGCGGGACUCCACAACUGACUGAAGACCCAGACCAGAGGGUCUUCUACGGUCCUUGGCUCUGGGAGAAGACCACGAAAUAUGCAGAGUACAAGGGCUUAAUCGAAAGACUUAAAAGCGUCGGUCUAAACUGACGGACGUUUCCGAAAGCGACGUCUUGCUCUGUGUAGAGCUUUAUCAACAUGAUAGAGCUCCACUUAAAGCUUUUAUAUUAGUGGGCAUGAUUCUGUAUUCACUAUUAUGUUGAUUGACGCAAGUUAUUUUUCUUACAUUUGGCAAGCUUUAAGCUUGUAGGGGGAUCUUAUAGCACCUGGGAGGCUAUCAAGCUUUAAGCUUGUAGGGGGAUCUUAUAGCACCUGGGAGGCUAUCAAGCGUUUAAGCUUGUAGGGGGAUCUUAUAGCACCUGGGAGGCUAUCAAGCGUUAAGCUUGUAGGGGGAUCUUAUAGCACCUGGGAGGCUAUCAAGCGUUAAGCUUGUAGGGGGAUCUUAUAGCACCUGGGAGGCUAUCAAGCGUUAAGCUUGUAGGGGGAUCUUAUAGCACCUGGGAGGCUACAAGCUUUAAGCUUGUAGGGGGAUCUUAUAGCACCUGGGAGGCUAUCAAGCGUUAAGCUUGUAGGGGGAUCUUAUAGCACCUGGGAGGCUAUCAAGCGUUAAGCUUGUAGGGGGAUCUUAUAGCACCUGGGAGGCUAUCAAGCGUUAAGCUUGUAGGGGGAUCUUAUAGCACCUGGGAGGCUAUCAAGCGUUAAGCUUGUAGGGGGAUCUUAUAGCACCUGGGAGGCUAUCAAGCGUUAAGCUUGUAGGGGUAUCUUAUAGCACCUGGGAGGCUAUCAAGCGUUAAGCUUGUAGGGGGAUCUUAUAGCACCUGGGAGGCUAUCAAGCGUUAAGCUUGUAGGGGGAUCUUAUAGCACCUGGGAGGCUAUCAAGCUUUAAGCUUGUAGGGGGAUCUUAUAGCACCUGGGAGGCUAUCAAGCGUUAAGCUUGUAGGGGGAUCUUAUAGCACCUGGGAGGCUAUCAAGCGUUAAGCUUGUAGGGGGAUCUUAUAGCACCUGGGAGGCUAUCAAGCGUUAAGCUUGUAGGGGGAUCUUAUAGCACCUGGGAGGCUAUCAGUUUUGAUCCGUUCAUAAACGGACCUGCCUGAAUUUCCGACUCUAUUUCAGCAACAUUGCAAGCUCCUGACGAUGUUGAUUGCAACACGAAAGGCCUAGAACUAUCAUUCAACUCCCCCUGUGGUUGCUUUGUAUAUGUAUAUUCGCAGAUUAAAGGCAAUAAAACAUAUCUUUCAUAAA